AUGCCGAGGCGGCGGACCACAUCGACGGAGAAAUUUCAGGGUGGAGCGACGCCAAGAGAUAAGAUGGCGGAACAGGGGAAAGAUAUCGUCUGGACUUGUACCUCGUACCUCGAGCCGGUGGCGUCGCGCACGUACGGUGGCAACGUGCACAGGUUCCCGAGCCCCAGGGGUUCUUCCUCGUGGGGAUUCCACAAGUUCAUCCGCCACGACGAGCUCGAGAGGUCGGGCCACCUCACCGGCGACCGCUUCGCCGUCCGCUGCGACGUCACCGUCAUGAGGGCCACGGAGCUCCGCGUCGAGCCGGCGUGCCUCGCCGUGCCGGAGCCGGACCUGCGCGCCCACCUCCGCCGCCUCCUCUCCACCGGCGACGGCGCGGACGUCACGUUCAGGGUCGGCGGCGGCGAGACGUUCGCCGCGCAUAGGUGCGUGCUCGCUGCCCGGUCGCCGGUGUUCAAGGCCGAGCUCUGUGGUCGUGGCGGCGCGGCCGCCGGUAGAUGCGUCGACGUCGACGACAUGGGCGCCGGGGAGUUCGGGGCUCUGCUUCACUUCGUGUACACGGACACGUUGCUGGAGAUGGCCUCGCGCGACGUGCCAGCCAUGGCGCGGCGGUUGAUCGCGGCGGCCGGCAAAUACCAAGUGGAGAGGCUGAAGCUGGUAUGCGAGGACAUGUUGCGCAGGCGCGUCGACACGAGCAUGGCCAUGGCGACGACGACGGAUUCGGCAGCUACCACCGACGAUCAGCUUAGCCAGCGUCCAUGGCUGACGCAGCUUUUCUUCAAGUUUGCAUCACGCAUGGUCGGUGGCAUGGUCGUCGACGCGUUCACACCUGAGCCUCCCACUGCCGCCGAGAAAUCCGGCGACGCCUCGCCGUCGCUAUCGCCAUCGCCGUCGUGCUCGACCGUCGCCGUCUCCGAGGCGAGUGGUCACCACGUCCUGAGGAUAGAGGGAUACAAGAGGACGAAGAUGAUGAUGGCAACCGGCGAACACCUCAACUCCGGCGAGUUCCACGUCGGCGGCUACACAUGGCGUCUCCGGUACUAUCCAAAUAGGUACGACCAGGAGUUCUCCAGCUCGAUAUCCUUCGCUCUGGUGCGGACCGGCCGCGACGACGACGAUGUCGUCGUCCGAGCACGCGUCAAGAUCAGCUUGCUCGACGUCGCCGGCGAGCCGGUGACACGGUACAGCCACAGCGACAACAAGUGCACGUUCUACGAGGGACAUGAUCUCUGGGCCAUCAAGAGCUUCAUCAGGAGGGUUGAUCUGGAGGAUUCCGGGCAUCUCGACGACGGCGGCGGUGGCGGCGACUCCUUCGCCGUCCGGUGCGACCUCACCUUCAACGUCCCGGACAUCCGCGUCGACGUCGACGACGCGGCCGCCGUCACGGUGCCCGCCGUGCCGCCGCCUCUCCUGCAUCGCCACCUCGGCGACCUCCUCGCCUCCGAGGCGGCGGCCGACGUGAGGUUCAAUGUCGACGGCGAGGCGUUCGCGGCGCACCGGUGCAUCCUGGCGGCGCGGUCGCCGGUGUUCCGGGCGGAGCUGUUCGGCUCCAUGCGGGAGCGCGCCGCGAGGGCCAUCGUCCGCGUCGACGACAUGGACGCCGACGCGUUCGCGGCGUUCCUGCACUUCGUCUACACCGACGAGCUGCCGGAGAUGGACGACGAUGGCGAGGAGGCGGCGGCGGUGAUGGCGAAGCACCUGCUCGUCGCCGCCGACAGGUACGGCAUGGAGAGGCUGAAGAAGGUGUGCGAGGACGUGCUGUUCAGGCACGUCGUCGUGGCCACGGCGGCGACAUCGCUGGCGUUGGCCGAGCAGCAUGACUGCCCCGAGCUCAAGGACGCCAUCUUGAGGUUCGUCACGUCGCCGGCGAGGUUGAAGGCGGACAUGGCGAGCGACGGGUACGAGCAUCUGAUCACGAGCUUCCCCUCCAUAGCCACGGAGAUUCUCGCCAUGCUUGCUGCUCAGUUGAGUACUUAG